AUGUCUUCGUUGGGUUGUCUAAGUGUUUGGGUGUUUCUGCUUACCGUUGGAUGUUCCGUAACGCAUGCGGAUGACUCAAAGAUCGUCGGCGGUACCACCGCGAACGAGCGUAUUCCGUACCAAAUUUCGCUACAGGUACUGGUCAGCUCGUUCUUCGGGUUCGGUCCAAAGCGUUGGAUGCACAACUGUGGCGGUUCGAUCGUGAACGAGUACUACGUCGUAACGGCGGCCCAUUGUCUGGACGGGAUGGACACCAGCCGGAUGUCGAUCGUCGCCGGCACAAACGAUUUGCGUGACGAUGGUGCGAAGGGCACACGGUACUUUGUCGAAUCGUACCUCAUCCAUCCGGACUACAUCGAGCUUAACCGGAGCGAUAUUGGGGUGAUGCGCGUGAAGGAGGCGUUCACGUUCAACGAGAACGUGCAGCCGAUUCGCUACUCGUCCGAUUUUGUUGGUGGUGGCGUGAUGUGUUUGCUGACCGGCUGGGGUUACACGAUGCCGAUCCGUAUCGGAUCGACGCCCAAGGAUCUGCAGGAAGCGGAACUGACGACGAUCACGAACGACCAGUGCCGGGAGCGUGGUAUGCCCGUUAAUCCGACCGAGAUCUGCACGUUUACCCGUGUCGGGCAGGGAGCUUGUGGUGGUGAUUCUGGUGGUCCGCUCGUGUGCAACAAUCAGCUGUCUGGAGUUGUGUCGUACGGUACACGAUACUGUGGCAUUGGAGUUCCGGAUGUGUACACACGCGUUUCGGAGUUUGACUCUUGGAUUCAGGAGAAUACACAAGAAGGUGGAAGUGGAAGUGGUGGCGGCGACAACAGUAGUACACCACCGACUGAAACGUCAUCACAACCUGCCUAA